AUGCCAUAUAUAGUUAUCAUUAUUAUCUUAGUUUUAUUGUUUAUUUGUGUUUUAUUUCACGUACAAGUGAUGUCCCAACGUACAAGUGAUGUCCCAACUACAUGUACCUUAAAAUUGGAACAGCUAGUAAUUCUGUACAUGAAUGCACUAGUGACUUCAACUCAUGUCGAAGACAAGCGCUCAAAAAUCCCUUCGAGCAGCGCUCUUCUCGUAAACGUAUCUGUUGGGACUAUAGACGAAAACAUUAGACACCUGCGACCGGACGUAAUUAAGACAGACACCGAAGGAUUCGAUUCCGCCGUACUUGAAGGAGGAAAGAAAACACUCUGCACAAAACACACAGAACAAACUGUUCCCGUGGUAUUGUUCGAGAAACACAAGCUCAAUCUUUGGUCUGAGAGCGAGAAGCGCUUACAUGGCAUCGUGACGUGGUUAGAUACCUGUGGAUACAACUGCUACGUUGUCGGGCCAAGACUAGAGACAGCAAAAAUAUCGCAAGGCUGCUGGCAUGAUGUGUGGGAAGCACUAACUUGGUCAAACUUCAUCUGCGCGCACCGAGUCUCUGCUGAACGUCUCGUGAGUGAGUACGAUGGAUGGGCUGUUAUGGAUAAACCGUAAGUUUCAAGGUGAAGGUCGUUAACGGAAGCGUUAUAUGGCAAUUAUAACUAUCGAAGUAUGUGGCAACAACUGCAUGUUCUUCAUCAUGCGAGAGCCUGGUCCCGCAACUUUUUUAAUCGUCGUAAACCUAAAGUGUUGCGAUUCAUUUAUACUCACGAUAAAAGAUAUCAAAACUCUGAGAAAGCCCCUUGUCGAUGUCGGGAUGAUUUGAUCGCUCGUCAGGAUCCGAAGCGAGGCUGUACACGAUCAAACCACCGUAUCACCGUUGUCACACUAGCGCUUGCAGUGAGCCGGCAUGACCUUAGGUUUCCAACAGAGGUUAUGUAGUUCAGGCCCAGCGGGAACAUUUAUUUAUUGCUCGAAUACAUACAUAUCACACGAGCCAAGUGAUAGAGCUACGUGUACAACGCGUUACACGUACAGUAUGUGUAGUUGUGUACAUGUAGAUGUGUGCAGACAGAUAAGUCAGAUAACUUCCUUCGUAUGUCGACAGCACGCACACAAAAAGUAAGCGUACUUCGAGGUACUCUAUCUAUUACUCUUGUAUGUACGAAAGUACGAAGGUAGAAGGUACGAAAGUACUUCCGGAAGUACGUAGGUACGAAAGCACUUUAGCUGACGGUGCUUUCGCUGACGGUGCUCCUGAUAUUGGGGAGAUAGAACAUACCCUUACAACUUUUUAGAUGCCUCAACAUACACACAGUUUUGAUUAUUUUCUGUUAGAAGAAGGAAAGACAACAAAGACGCGGCUUCAGGCACAGGAAGAUACCGAGUUGAAGACCAGAUGGACGCAAACGAUUUCACAACUCGUGCUAAUAUUACAGAUACUACUGGUGGGGGUACACAACAAUUUACCACCCUUUUUACCCGUCUAUAUCUUCAAGAGAACAGCUUAGUCCCGCUCUCUCGUGAAAUAAUUACAAAAUAACAAAAUUACAGGUG